CCGGGCUUGCGUCCCCGCCCCUUGCUCCGGGUUGGCUGCCUUGCGUCGCUGGCGCUGUCCCUGGGCGCGCAGUGUAAGUGGCCUGAGCCGUGCAGCUCAACUAGGUAGGAUUCUUCCAGGGCCGGGACUGGCAGCCUCGAAGAAGCACACGUUCUCUUCGCACUGCUUCUUGGAGCCACCAUGAGACGCCUGGGCUCCGUGCAGCGGAAGAUGCCGUGUGUGUUUGUGACGGAGGUGAAAGAUGAGGCUUCCGCCAAAAGGGAGCAUCAGCCAUUUAAAGUUUUGGCAACUGAAACUAUAAGUCACAAGGCAUUAGAUGCAGACAUACACAGUGCAAUUCCAACAGAAAAAGUGGAUGGAACAUGUUGUUAUGUUACUACCUACAAAGAUCAGCCAUACCUUUGGGCUCGGCUAGAUAGAAAACCCAACAAACAAGCUGACAAAAGAUUCAAAAAUUUUCUGUGUUCCAAAGAAAACUCAAAAGAAUUUCUUUGGAAUAUUGAGGAAGAUUUCAAACCCGUUCCUGAGUGCUGGAUACCAGCAAAGGAAAUAAAACAUCUGAAGGGGAAUCCAGUGCCUGAUGAAAAUGGACACAUUCCUGGUUGGGUACCAGUAGAGAAAAGCAACAAACAGUAUUGCUGGCAUUCCUCUGUAGUUAAUUACGAAUUUGAAAUUGCCCUGGUACUAAUGCAUCAUCCUGAUGAUCCUGGACUUUUGCAAAUUAGUCCAGUGCCAUUAACAGAUCUCUUAGAACAAACAUUGGAACUCAUAGGAACAAAUAUUAAUGGAAACCCAUACGGUUUAGGAAACAAGAAACAUCCAAUACAUCUUCUCAUACCACAUGGAGCAUUUCAAAUAAGAAAUCUGCCUAGAUUGAAGCACAAUGACCUGUUGUCCUGGUUUGAAGGCUGUAGAGAGGGUAAAAUUGAAGGAAUUGUAUGGCAUUGCAGUGAUGGCUGCUUGAUUAAGGUACAUCGCCAUCAUCUUGGUUUAUCCUGGCCAAUUCCAGAUACUUACAUGAAUUCAAAACCUGUUAUUAUUAACAUGAACCUGAACAAAUAUGACUAUACCUUUGAUACUAAGUGUUUGUUUAACUAUUUUUCAAAAAUAGAUAAUCAGAAAUUUGGUAGACUCAAAGACAUAACUCUUGAUGUAUAAAAUGGAACUCCAAUUAAAAUUAGCUUUACUGUUAAUAUUCCAAUCUUGAAUAUUCUGCCAUGCUAAAAAGGUAAAAAUAUUUCAAGAUUCCUAUUAUUAACUGUGAAAUAUAUCAAUAUAUCUUCUAGCAUUUGAAGAAUUGAAUUUUCUAGUAGCAAAUACCUGCUUAAAAACUUUAGAAUCAAUACAUUAAUUUUUGGUAAUGAAUGAUAAACUCCCAAGCUUUUACAAAGGUUAUAUUCGGUUCACUCUAAAUGGGUGCUAAUUUAAAGACCGUUGAACCAACAAUUUUAUCUGUACUUUAAAUCAAGCUCAAUUUAAGUUUGCUAGACAUUCAACAAGUGUAUGGCUUAACCUCAUAACUUAAUGUGUACUUUUUAUGUAUGAAUAUAUGUAAAAUAUAUAUUUAUAGGUUUAGGAAUUGAGACUUUU